AUGAAUUUUCUCACUAAAACUAUCAAUUCUACCAUCGGUUCAUUGACAGGUAGCUCAAUACCAUAUGAUUUAGGACAGAGAGUAGUGAAUGGAGUUUGCAGUGAUUCUCUCGAACCAAACUCUGUGUGGAAUGUUUAUGAAGCAACUUCUCGCAAAGAGCCUCGUGUGCGGGUAACUGUAUUUGAGUUUGAUCUCAAGAACCCGCGAGCGUCAAAGUAUGUGCUGUUUGCAAGAAAUGCAUUCAUGAAGCUUAAAUCUUUGAGUCUUUUACCAGGAAUUCUAAACAUCGUUGAUUUUAUUGAAAACGAUUCAUUUCUCUACAUAAUAAGUGAAAGGGUGAAACCAUUGGGGAGCGUAUUGAGGAUGGGAUCGAGUGAUUCUAUGUCACAAUAUGAGCUUUUGUUAUUGGGAAUAUAUCAAGUUACAGAAGCUUUGAAAUAUCUUAACAAAGAAGGAUCAUCCAUUCAUGGUUCGCUUAGCAAAAACUCUAUAUUCGUGAAUGAAGCAGGCGAAUGGAAACUUGGCGGCUUCGAGCUCGUCGUGAAUAUCCAAGAUCCUGAUACGGAGAUUCUGAGCCGAGCAUUUGAUUUGCCUACUUAUCUGUCGACUAUACACCCACCUGAAUUAAAUGAACAGAGGUUGGAUUACAUUUCAAGCGCCAGUCUGGUCCAGCUCUUAAAGCUUGAUGCCUAUGAUCUGGGUGUUUUCAUCUACAGCGUUUUCAAUUCUGAGGUACAGAAUCUCGAUCCUACCAAACUUAACAAACCAAGCAAGCUUCCAAGAUCUCUUGCAUCGCACGUCAAAAAGCUCCUUCAUAUAUCGCCAUCCGUAAGAUACUCAGUGGAAGAAUUCUUAAAUGCUGGAAUGCAAUCAUGUUUCAACUUACCGCUAAUCAGUGUCUCGAAACAUGUUUCAGAGCUUAGGUUGAAAUCCACGGCUGAAAAACUAGAGAUAUUUAACUCCCUAGAUGAACUCGAACAACUUCCUGAUGGCUUUUUUGAGUAUAAGAUUUUGCCAGAGCUCAUCUCCACCUUUCAGUCUUUGUCGACCAACCAAGAUAGCCAGCAGUCUGCUCUCUUACUAUUGAUUUUAAAGCGUGUGGAUCAACUGGAUAAAAGAACUUUCCAGCACCAGGUUAAACCUCUCGUAUUGCGAGCAUUUGAACUUCCAGAUAGAGCAAUCAGGAUUACACUCCUGAGUUCGUUACCAACGAUCAUUGAUUAUUUUGCACCUUAUGAAAUUCAAGAUAAAAUCUUUCCGAAUUUGGUUCAAGGCUUCAACGAUACUAAUUCGUCGAUACGAGAAGCUACAUUAAAGUCGGUACUUUCAAUUGCAGAUAGAGUAUCAGUCCGACAGCUCAACAAUGACAUUUUGAAGUACAUGGCAAAACUUCAAAACGAUUCAACACCGGAAAUCAGAACUAAUACGAUAAUCUGUCUAUCCAAAAUUGCAACAUACAUGACUCCUUCUUCAAGAGCUGCCGUACUCGCCACUGCUUAUUCCAAAGCGUUGAAGGAUCCGUUUGUACCCUCUCGGGUAAGUUCAUUGCUUGCUUUCGAAAACUCUAUUGAGUACUUUACUCCAGAUGUGUGUUGCUCAAAAGUUCUGUCAGCUAUUGCUCCUGCUUUAUUGGACAAGUCGUCGAAGGUGAGAAUAGAGGCCCAGAGAGUGUUUGACUUGUACUUUUCGAAAAUCAAUGAGGCUGCCAAUCAUUUACCAUUAGACAGUGAGGAGACCGUAAAUUUGGAAAGCCAGAAUUCAGAAAAUAUACUUUCUCGAUUAAACACGCUUUCCCUUUCGAGUAUGAAAUUGAAGAAUACGCAAUCAUUAUUAUCAGGCUUGGGGUCUAAUGCACAUUCAGGAUCCACGGUGAGCUUGACAAUGAAACAGGAGAACCCUAGCUCAGAGUCUCUGAAUGCUGAUCGGUCCUUGAAAAACUUCUCAACUGCAAAUGUAGAGGACGGCUGGAAUGAGAUGGAUAGUGAUUGGGAUUCUACUUCUGAUUAUCAAAGCAAAUCUUUACUUCCACAUCUGGAGGCGAGUCAAAAACUCCAAGAAAGCAAACAGCUCAAAGCUGCUCACCAGCUCAUCAAAGACAUUCCACAAACACCCAAAAGACCACUUAAGUUACAACCCAAAUCCAAACUGAAGCUCGAUUUGCUUGACGAUGAUGUUGACGGCUGGGCAAAUGAGUGGUGA